GCGCUGCUGUGGCAUUCGCUCAUACAUCGCAAGCCAUCGAUCGACUGGGUAGGUACAAUACAAUGGCCUCCGGCGGCGGCAAGGGCUGCAUGUUGGCCGGUUCGUUCCUGCGAGCGGCGGCGCUCGGGCUGGUGGUCCUGGCGUCGGCGGCGCCGGUGUCUCGGUCGUGGAGCAAGGAGGGGCACGUGCUCACCUGCCAGAUCGCACAGGAUCUGCUGGAGCCUGACGCCGCGCACGCCGUGAGGAACCUGCUCCCGGAGGACGUGGGCGGCGACCUGUCGGUGCUGUGCGUGUGGCCGGACCAGGUCAGGCACUGGUACAAGUACAGGUGGAGCGGCCCGCUCCACUUCAUCGACACCCCUGACAAGGCCUGCACCUUCGACUACGCGAGGGACUGCCACGGUCCUGACGGCGCCAAGGACAUGUGCGUCGCCGGCGCCAUCGCCAACUUCACGUCCCAGCUGCUGCACUACAAGCACGGCAGCGCCGACCGCAAGUACAACUUGACCGAGGCCCUUCUGUUCCUGUCACACUUCAUGGGAGAUGUUCAUCAGCCGAUGCAUGUGGGGUUCACGAGCGACCAAGGCGGUAAUUCCAUAGACCUGCGGUGGUUCAGGCACAAAUCCAACCUCCAUCACGUGUGGGACAGGGAGAUCAUACAGACAGCUCUCGCUGAAUUCUACGACAAGGACAUGGGCACUUUCCGGAAGCAACUUGAGCACAACCUCACCAAGGGUACCUGGUCUGACGACGUAUCAUCUUGGGGAGACUGUGAAGACCUCAUGUCGUGCCCAACCAAGUACGCCACGGAGAGCAUAAGCUUGGCGUGCAAGUGGGCCUACAGCGGCGUCCACGAAGGGGAAACCCUAUCCGACGACUACUUCGAGUCGAGGCUGCCCAUCGUGUCGCGGCGGAUCGCGCAGGGGGGAGUGAGGCUGGCCAUGUUCCUCAACCGGAUCUUCGGCCACCACAACCGCGCUGUUCGUUCCGUCGCUGACCCUAUCUAUGUUUCUACGAUGGCCCAAGAACAUGACACGGCGGCGCCAUCCUGACCAACGCCGGCGGCUACAAUUUGGAUAGAAUCUGAAUCCACACGCCCAUACCUUGCAAUCUGACUGCCCUCCUCUCCUGCGUACACACACACACACACACACACACACACAUGUGCAGUGCAUUUGAUUUGUGGUAUACUAGCAGCUUGUGCAAAGAUGAUUGAUUGAUCUUAUGUAUAUGAUGAGCAACACGGCUAUGGCCUAUAUAUGGACGACGGUGUAUGCCUUGAUUUUUUUUUCCUUUCGAAA